AUGUUACUGAAAACGCUCAAGUGUGCCAGUCACGCAUUCAGUUCAACCCAAUUAGAUGUCAUUUUUAGCCUUUUAGGGACUCACUGCAGUUUUCUGUUCCUUGUAGGUUCUACUGGUCUGUGUGUUCCUGCAGUCAGAGUUCGCAAGAGCACUGUUUAUAAAGGCUCAAGUAAAAGCCCAUUAAGAGUCCCCUGCCCUGUGAGUUACUGUGAGCAGAUUCCAACUGUUAGAUGGUCCAGACUUGAUUCAGACCAGUGGAUACCAGUCAGUGAAACAGAUCAAGUAACAGUUACACAGGAUCAUUCCACUGCAGGCGAGAAGGAGAUCAUCUCAUAUUUGAGCUUCAAGAAUGUAUCAGUUCAGGAUGGUGGCCUUUAUAGAUGUGUAGCUGCCGGGUCAAAUUCUACAUCACAAAGCCACAACAUUAAUGUGUCUAUUUCAGAUACUAUUCUAGAGACUCCCACUGGAAAAGGGAAUCUUCUCUGUGUAACAGUCAGCGCUACUCUCUCUGUGAGUAAAGCAAUUGUUUCGUUGAAGCCCUACAUUAUAAUCUGCUCAGGUGCCUUCAGUCUGGUUACAAUUAUGAUGUUCAUCAUGUUUCUAAGCGUACAUGGACGUACAUGUUCAACAAAACCCUUCAAACAGACAAAUCAGUACACCACGGCCGUGUUCACGCCGGUUGAGACCAGCCCCACCUUUAUAAAGCAUACUGAAGACAACUCUGCUUAGGACCCUCAAAAGCAGGAGCAAUGUUUAUAAUAUGACCAAAACUUCAAACCUUGAAGAAACAAGUUGUACUAGAAAUUAGUUGUAUUUUAUAUGUAAUUAUCUAAGAAACUCUUCUUUUUUUCUUUUUUUACAAAAAUGUCAGUGUCAUUUUUACAGUUACAUGGCUGCAGAUACUGAUGCUCAUACCUGGAUAAAUAAACCAUGUCUGAACUAC